AUGGGAUUCGGUAAUUGGACGGAAAAGUUGGGGGGAAUCCGCCAAAGUCUGUCGCCACAUGAACAGCGACGGAGACCUUCUUAUUCUCCCGCACUAAUGAUUGCGACCGGGCGCCGGUCGGGUGCACCCGCGGGCCCAUCCGAGGGCGAGAAGCGACUGACACUCGAUCGACGUUACCGGCAGCUGGGAUCGAGCGCGACGAUGGUCCUGCGCCGUCGAUGCGGCGGCGAUCGACGUCCGCUCGAGAUUCUCCAGAUACCGAGCCUGGCGGUGGGGACAAGCGUCGUCGGGUCGUGGCUAUUAUGGCGCAGAGAGUUUGGCGCGAGCUCUGGCGCAGCGCUCUCGGGCUCGCCUCGGGACGCCGAGAUGGAGCACGUGCUCGCUCCGUGGAGCUGCUGCUGCAUUUGA